GGGAGGAGAAGGAGAGAGGCAGCCGGCGAGCUUACUGCCUGUUGCUAAGCCUCGAAGGAAGCUCUGUGCUCCGGCUGCGCUCAGGGUCACCCUCCUCACCUGCCCGUUGACUCGUGGGAGCACCUGGAACAACUAUGUCAGAAAAAGCUAACAACUUUCCUCCACUGCCAAAGUUCAUCCCUCUGAAGCCCUGCUUCUACCAGAACUUCUCUGAUGAGAUUCCAAUAGACCACCAAUUCAUCGUGAAAAGGAUUUACCAUUUAUGGAUCUUCUACUGCGUGACCCUGGUGGUGAAUCUCGUGGCCUGCCUUGCUUGGUGGAUUGCUGGCGGCGACGGAGUGAACUUUGGCUUGGCCAUGCUCUGGCUGCUUCUCUUCAGUCCUUGCAGCUACGUAUGCUGGUUCCGGCCAGCCUACAAAGCCUUCAGGGCUGACAGCUCUUUUAAUUUUAUGGCAUUCUUCUUCAUCUUUGGCGCACAGUUUAUCCUGACCAUCUUUCAAGCAAUCGGUUUCCCCAAGUGGGGAGCAUGCGGCUGGUGGUCAGCGAUCUUCUUCUUCCAGACCAAUGCUGCGGCUGCCGUGUUCAUGCUCUUCCCAGCCAUCAUGUUCACCCUCUCAGCAGCCAUCAUGUGCGUGCUCCUUGUGAAGGUGCACAGGUUCUACCGUGGUUCUGGCGGCAGCUUUCAGAAGGCCCAGGACGAGUGGAGCGCCGGAACUUGGAAGAACCCGCCCAGCCGGGAGGCGCAGUUCAGCAACUUCUCGGGCAGCAGCCUGCCCGAGUACCCCACGGUUCCCAGCUACCCCUCUGGGAGCCACUGGCCUUAAGGUGGCCCGCGGCCCCCACCCACCAGGUCCAGCCAGGGUGCCCUGCCUUCUGCUCAUUUUGAUUUGAAAGUUUGUUUGUGUUUGUUUUCCCCAGCCCUCCCCUAGUAUCCAAGGGUAGGGGGAAGAGACCAGGCUUCCCCACCAAUGAGGCUCCUCUGGAGCAUCCCCUAGCACUCGGCACCUGACGUUUGUGCCUGGCUGCCAGUAUUCGUUCAUCUCACUCCGUCACUUUGCUGUCACUGGCCAGGGAGACCUCUGCCCGCUGACAGCCUGACUGCCCUGGGAAGGCUCAUCUCCUUUGCUUCAGCUUCUUCCCUGAGGCCAGUCCCUUCCCCUUCCUCUCCUGGCACAGACUCCAGAGAAGGCUCCUCCAAGAAGUGGGGGUUGGGUCCUUCGCCUUGGGCUCCCCCUUUGUCACCCAGAAGCACCCCCAGGAGUCCUAGAAUGACUUUCAAUUUGGAAAGAAGGGAGAGAGCUGGGAUUACCUAAGCAAGACUGAGUCAGCCAGAAGUAGCCUUAUUGGCAGAAGAGCCUGAUUUUCAAUUACUCCACAUUAAAAACCAUAAAGAUUAUUUGGAAUUCCACCAUCUCCCAUCUUCCCCCUUCCAAGGUGAAGAGUCCACGCCCUAGACUUGCUGGGAGGAGGGUCCCUUUCGGGGUGGGGGCGCCUCCCCAGACGGGGCCUUCGGUCAGCCUUGGCCAGACUGAGUCACUCUCCUGGGCUACUUUUUGUAACUACCCCGCCGUCUCUCAUAAGGCUCUCUAACUGCACCCUAGACAAAUAACAUAGGAAGCUCGUGGUUUUUUGUGUUGAACUGGUGAGAAUUUGAUUGCAGGAGAGCAGUUUGCCACGACCAGGAACCUUCCACAAAGACAGAUAAAUUCAAAUCCCUUCAUUGCAUGAAGUGGUGGAAAUGGAGCAUUUUCUCAGGAUUGUGAAGGGAGUAUGAUCGUCUUCCCUCUACAUUUGAGCAAAAAUAAAAAGAUAAAGGGAAAACUGUUCUUUUACUGACAUCAGAGUAGGGACAUUGCACAUUGGUGCAGAUCUACAGCCCGAAUCUUGACCAAUACUGGCUUAAAACCAGAAAACAUAUUCCUCGCCCUUGGAGGCCUUUUCAGGAAGCAUGGCAGGCUUCCUUUUUCGCUCACAAGUUUGCAUUGUGGUUUCCUUUCUCUUACCCAGUAAUAUGUUUGGGGCUGCUGAAGGGUUCUCAGGUACAUGAUAUAAUCUUGUCAUCUCCCCUUGAUUUUUCAGUUGUUGGCUCAGGUUUGGGGCCAGAAUGAGGAACUGGGCUGCUUUGUGACCUCUUUCAUCACGGGCCCCGGGACACUAACAGGUUCUCAGACACCUAAACUAGAAGCACAGGCGAGGUUUUCUACGGUAGGGUUCUCACACAAUCAUAAUGACACUCUACAACAGUUUCCCUGCAGAAGAGCCACCAAUGGAAGGAAGCAGCAGGGCCAGGGGCUUCUCCCCAGUCCUUGGAACCAGUUCUUUGGCCGUAGCCCAGAGGUGCCAGACUGCCCUAGUAGCUGAGCUCUCUGACCCGUUUUUGGGUUCCCCAUCAUCACCUAGAGCCUUUCACAGCAGGGCAGAACCUCUGAGGACACCUCCCUGCUCUUACACACUGACCUUCGAGGGAGCUUUCAGUGGAAAAUAAUUACUACAAGUCUUAUGUGCCUUAAGAAAGAACUAGGGAAAAAUUUUUUUAAGAUUUUAGGUAACAAGUUUUUUUCCCCUCCUUUUGGUCAUUCUCAUAUUUUCCUAAAGGAUUUUGUAAAUAUUUACAGAACUGAAAUUGAUAUGUAGUCAUUCGGAUCUGUGGCCAAAAACCAAAGUUUUUAAACUUUCUACACAGUGACAAAGGCUCCCUGAGAUUUUUGUUCUCGAGAUGUCUGGAGCUCCCCAAAAGUAGUCAUCUUCUUGAUGUCUGAUUUCCUCUCCGUUCCUAAAAGAUGAUGACUGCUUUUCCCAUUUGCUCCUUUGUAAAUACAGAGACUGCUGCUUGGCGCCAAGGUCCCCGACGCAGCAGAAUCAUGUUCUCCCUCCCUCCCUCUCCGGCCUGUCUGUGAUGUGCACUGAACCAAUGUCACAGGGCCCUGCUGCCCCUCUCUCCAAAGGGGGCCUGGGGUAGGCCGGGAGGAGUCCACCUGGCAGCAGCAGGGGCCAAGCCCAGAGCUCCCACUGACCUUCCAGACCCACCUCCAGGCUGAGAACUAGCUUGCAGAACCCUGGCUUGAAGGACACACUGUGUAAACCAUCGUGGCUUAUUUUUGUAAUUAUUUUUUUAAUAUAUAUUUCUAUUAGACUUGUAUGGAAUUAACCCUGGGUGAGGGGAAAAUAGUUUUUGGAGUUGGCCAACAGGUUUGUUUCCUCUCCCCUAUUUGCAUCAUGUUACAUUGUGGUGGUUUUUGUUAAGUGAAAUCAUCCUUAAAAUAAAUCUUUUUUUCUGCAUCAGACUGGA